AUGCGCAUUCCCCACUAUUGCAAGGCAGUUGUUUGUCAGGCCAUUUCAUAUACUGUCUCUGCUCGUCCAAUUUUGAGCGCGUAUUGUCACUGUACGAGCUGGCAGAAAUUGACUUAUAAAAACAAUAAUUCUCAAACUACAGCGUGUCCAUUCAUUCAUACCAUGCAUUUCGACGCUUCUGCAUUCACAUGGACACAUCCAGAACCCCAUGAGUCUCAAUUAGACUUCUAUGACAAUCUCCUCAAGCCAUACAAGCGACGGUAUAGGUGCAAGACCUGCGGCGCCGGGGUUGCAUCCCACAACUAUAAUACUAACCGCGUAAGCAUAUGGGGCGCGACUUUGGAUAGGAAUGAGAAUGGAAAGAUAGUCGGCUGGGAUAUUGCCAAUCCAACUGAUCAUCAGUUCUAUGGCACACGGAUGCUGGGUGUUAAUGAUGAUUUGACUAAAUGGCGAGGAUAUCAAUCGAAUUCAGAUUACCUGGAUUAG